UACUUUGUCGACGUAGCCUCACUUGCUUAUCGUUAUGUGUCUGCGCGUAGCAAUCAACGCUAAUGCAUCCAUCACCAAUUAUAAGUUAUAUUCAAAAAGCCUUGCCAAAAAGCAUCCUUCCUGUAAUUACCCUGAGACCACAUCCUCUGAGAACACACCCACCCACACACACACACACACACACACACACACACACACACACACACACAAACAAUUCUAACUACUACUGCAGAAAAUAGCGUUCCUCCCCUCAGUUACUGGCAUGCAUUAACAGUAUUGAGAGAGCGACAGAGAUAUCGCUGCAGAAUCUGUGCAGCCUGCUUUCGGCAUCUCCAACAUGAGAACAUGAUGGACACGAGAAAAGUGGAAACCAGAAGUUUAGCCCAUUCGCAUCCAUAGGGGUGAAUCAUGGCCUCCUUUCCUGGGGUGAAGGUCCGGGAGCAUGCGGACACAGUGUACGUCUCGGUGGAGGUGGCCAUCGCCCUGGCUUCGGUGGUGGGCAACGUGCUGGUGGUGCUAGUGGUCUGCAUGAACCGGGACCUGCGGAACACCACCUUCUGUUUUAUCGUAUCCCUGGCGGCGGCCGAUAUCGCGGUGGGCAUCCUGGUCAUCCCGCUGGCCGUCACCAUCAGCCUGGGUAUCAGUACGCGGUUCUACACUUGCCUGUUCCUGUCCUGCCUGCUGGUGAUCAUCACUCAGAUUUCCAUCUUGUCGCUGCUGGCCAUCGCCAUCGACCGCUACUUGAGAGUCAAGAUACCCAUCAGGUACAGCACCAUAGUGACGCAGAGGCGCGCAUCCAUGGCCGUGUGCCUUUGCUGGCUGGUCUCCUUACUCGCAGGCCUGGUGCCCAUGGUGGGCUGGAACAACCGGCACGCCCUUGGUAACCUGAGUGGCUCGGACUACAUGGUGUGCGAGUUCACCGCUGUCAUGCGGAUGGACUACAUGGUCUACUUCAACUUCUUCGGCUGGGUGGUGGUGCCACUGGCCGUCAUGAUGGUACUGUAUGCCGAGAUAUUCCGCGUCAUCCGCCAGCGGCUCAACCGGCGGGCCGAAGCUACAUCGGACGGUGAGCGCUACUACCGGAAGGAGCUGAAGCUAGCCAAGUCACUGGCGUUGGUGGUGUUGCUCUUUGCCGCGUGCUGGCUGCCACUUCACAUCGUCAACUGCCUCGACUUCUUCCACCCGGGCCUUGCCACGCCCAAGAUGGCCGUGUACACGGGCAUCUUUAUGUCACACAUCAACUCAGCACUCAACCCUCUGGUGUAUGCCUUCCGGAUCAAACGCUUCAGGGACACACUGUUUGAAGUGGUGCGGGUCUGCAUGGUGUGCCGUGGUGGCGCAAGGGCAAGCCCAUAUCCAGGCAGCACACCGGCACUCACUGAGAAAGUGGAUGCAGGCUUGCCGCAAGGUCUGCAGUGUGAAGCGGAUGCUCAAUGAGGCGCUCUUAGCUUUGAACGCGGGCCCAUUCAGUGAUACAUUAAAGCAGUGGUUCUCAAAUUGUGGUCCUUGGACUUCCGUCAUCGUUAUUUGAUAGUAUUGAGAAAUAAUUAAUUCAAUGCAAAUCAACAUUACUAUGUAGCUGAAUCCAGUUUUAAAUUGCAAAGGCUGCAAUUUGGAAAUACAUUUAAAAAAAUAAUAAAACACCUCUUUGUUUUGGUCAGACAGCAGGCUGUAUUUCUUAUAUAUUUCUGUGAUGUAUGUAUUUGUAUGGUGUCUUGAUAAAUUCAGUGCUGAAGAAGUGCAGUAACAUGUUUACAUAUCACAGAUUCAUGGCACAUGAAAUGUUGAAGUGAUAAGAUUUGUUUUGCAUUAUUAAUGUAAUCUGAUUUACUGACUAAGAAUGCCACAACUUGUUUUGAUAGAGGGUUGUGAAGCUGUCAUAAGACUCCGAGUCCAAAAGUUAACUAAUUGAAGUAGAUAAACAGUUUUUCAUAACAAUUCAUAGCUCCUUUACUUUUGUUUUAGUGAAAGACUAACCUGUAAGACCAGAACAUUUGUGUGUAAUAAAUUUGACACUGUUCAUUUCAA